GGUUUUUUUAGGCGAUGAACCGGUGCCAAGGGACAUGACAUCUUUACAGAAACAUUCUACGGUAAAUAUUUAAAGUUAUUAUGAAGAAAUGUCUCAUGAUUUUUGACGUUGAAGAACUGUUUUGAAAAUAGGUUUUCAUACUCAGUACGUAUGAAAAUGAGUAUGAAAAACUAUAUUUGAGUAGGGUAGAGCUUUCAGCAUUAGAAAAAAUGCUGUCAUCAACAGGUGCCCUAAUACAAGUCAGAAGCAAAAGACAAAAAAAUAUGAAUCCGUAUCGUUGUCUUGAAACCAUGACAAUGUGGAGCCGAAACUAACACCUCGUAGGAAAGAAGUAUUGAUCUAGGCAAGAAGAACAAAAUCCAUCACCACAGCUAGAAAGAGCAUGUUAAAAUUGCAAAGUUUGGUUGCGAAAUGUUGUAAAAUGAGGAAAAUAUAGCCCUGCGAAAUUUGCAAAUUUUGUAUUAAUUUGUAUUACAAACGGGAAAAUACACCACGUUUGAGCCAUAGAUAUCUUAUAUAUAAGAUAUGUAUGGUUUGAGCCGGAAAAAUUGCAAAUUUCGCAGGGCUAUAUUUUCAUCAUUUUACAACAUUUCGCAACCAAACUUUGCAAUUUUACUAAUUUUAACAUGCUCUUUCUAGCUGUGGUGUUGGAUUUUGUUCUUCUUGCCCAGAUCAAAACUUAGUCUAUUGCUGAAACCAUCCAUUGAAGCCUUCAAAUAUAAAUAUUGUUUUUCUUAUCCUCGCUCAACAGCAAACUUUGAAGGCAGUGGUGCAUUUUCCUGCGCUUAACAUGAAAUUUCGCUUCAGCCAGCCAUACGACUUGAACUUGAACAUUGGAUUUAGCGUUCCAGUUUCCAUAGAGUUCACUGGUUAAACCUCUUGCUACUUUCUAGAGCAAAGCCAUAUCAUUCAUGUUGGCGUACCUUCUUGCCCUAAACGGUGGUGCACGUCCCACGUCUAACCAACUCAUACAACAUCCUUUCUUUACCGACGAAAACUAUUUCGAUGUCAUGGACAAAACCGCACCACAUGACCAAAUUAAGCCUCAAGAAACUCAGGACAAAUCACCACCGGCUGAAAAUGCCCUAUCGGAAGAAAGUACCUUAGCGGAAGAAAACACCCAACCGGGCGAAAGUUCCGGAUCGGAAGUUGGUACCCUACCGGGAGAAGGGACCCUGCCGGAAGAAAGUACCGAAACGGAAGUAAAUACCCAACCGGACGCAAGUACCCCACCGGAGGUAAAUAGCCAACCAGAAAUAAGUGCCCCACCGGAAGUAAGUUCCCCACCGGAAGUAAGUUCUCCACCGGAUGUAAGUACCCCACCGGACGUAAGUGCCCCACCGGUAGUAAAUACCCAACCGGAAGUACAUACUCCGCAGGAAGAAAACCCUUUUUCAGGUGUUGAACCCUUAUCGGCGGAAGAGACUCCGACAAGAACAGUGAUACCGGAUGAAAUGCCCCCCGUGGAAGAAGCUUUACCCGAGGAAUAUGCCGUGACCCAACGAAAGCCGUUACUACACGAAAAUGGUUUGAAAACGGAUGAAACGUUGAACGGGAAUUCAUAUGAGAAAAUCGAGCAGGAAACUACGUUGGAAAGCUGUGAACCACCUCAUGAGGUAAAACGAAUAUAAUCUUGCUAUCAAAUUUCAUACAACAAAGUUAAAAUGCCUUAUUAUUAGCAUGGCAAAAUUACUGGAUGCUGAUUGGUUGAGAGGAGUACAAUUAUUUCAUUAAUUGUACUGCAGUACAAUUAAUGAUUUUCCCAAACAAACAAAAUGGCGGAAAGGUUUAAACACAAAUGUGAAAUGAAAUUGCCCUAGAGCAACUAGAUGAAAAGACGAACAAAAGUACCAAAUUUUUCUUUAACAAAUGAACUAAAUGAAAAUACAAACAAAAGCACCAAAUUUUGGUUGAAAGUCUGGCAAGACUGGGCUUUGGCGAGAGAAUAUGAUGUUGACAUUGAGACAGAAGUAUCCAAUUUUGUCAUGCUAUCAAUAAACUCGCCCCGGCGGCUCGUCCAAUUUUGGCAUAAUUUCCAAACAUCACUCGUACUAUUAAUCCCUAAUGGUACUCGCCAUCGCAUGAUUACCUAUACAAAUACGAUAUUUGGUAUGUGUAAUAUUUGGUCAUUCUGAGAAAGAAAUUCAAUAUAUCGUUUUAGUAUUUUUGCACAAGUGAAAAUAACAAAUCCUACAAGUUGAUUGGUCAAGUCUGACGUAUUAAGCUGUUAUGUUCACCUACAGGUGAAUACAACAAAACCGAAAUUUGCAAAAUGGCGGCUAGCCGUUUUGUGGAAGUUACUGAUAAAGAAAUAAGCGAAAUUAAAAUAAAUUCACUCCCAAAAAAAACCCACAGAAGAAUUGUGUAAAAAUGCUAAACAAUUAGUCGCCUCAGGCUUGGUGAUUAUCGGAGAAUAUUCACCUCGACUUCGUCCCGGUGAAUAUUCGCCGAUUAUCACCUCGCCUUCGCCGAAUAAUUGUUAAAUAGUAAAAACCUCAUCUUGAUCAACAUUUUCCCUGUCAAAGUUUCCUGAUAUUAUGUCAUUGGAUGGAUUUUGGAGCGAAAAACAAAGGCAUCUAACGACAUCAUAUCCGUUAGCUUUGACAAUGAAAAAGUUGACCACAUACUCGACGAACGUGUUUGAAUACAGAAAUUUAACACAAAAUUCGGUUAGUUUAUCAGCGUUUAUUGACGUGAUAUCAAGACAACGAUACGGUGUUCAGUGUUGGUUUUCUUUGUGGUUUUCGCAUGUCUUUUUAUUGUUUUGAAAAUCCCACUGUUCUCCAUGUCAUCCAGUCAUGAUCCAGUGAUUAGAAUGUUCCAUUGUCUUUUCAUUAUUUUGUAACUCCCACUGUUCUCCAUGCCAUCCAGUCACGAUCCAGUGAUCAGAAUGUUUCAUUAUCUUUUCAUUGUUCUAAAAAUCCACUGUUCUCCAUGCCAGCCAGUCACGAUCCAGUGAUCAGAAUGUUCCAUUGUCUUUUCAUUGUUUUUAAAAUCCAUGAUAUCAGUCCAGCUUUACUUUUCGAGAUCAGUGAUACUCAAACUCUUUUGACAGGGUACACAGGGAUAAUGAUGUAUCCUAGAGCGGUAAGAUGGGAUCUCAAAUGGUGAGUCACCUUUACCGAACGUUUGUAGUAAUACUCCAGACAAUUGCCUAUUCAGGCGGCUGGGUAAUAAUUUCAAAAUGUAUAUAAUAGAUUGAGAGAAAUUUUAUUGAACUAUUUUGAUGUGCACGGGCAAUGGACCUUUUAACGUUAAAUGUUGUGUUAUAAAAUAAUAUUUUAUAUAUUGUUGUGGAA